UCGAAGAUGAUGAUGAUGAGGAGCUUCUCGGAAAAGACACGGUUGAAUAUGAUGAGAAGUGGUAAAAAGGACGACGUUGAUAGCAAGAAUGUAAAGAAUAAUAGAUUCUUGAUCACUAUCAAUGUAUUUGGAAGUGCCGGGCCAUUGAGAUUCGUCGUGAGCCAAGAUGAUAAUAGUGCGAGGGUCAUCGAGACUACCCUAAAGCUAUAUGCUCGUGAGGGUCGCCUUCCAAUCUUGGGCCUCGAUACCAAUUGCUUUAUUCUUUACCGUGCCAAUGCUGAAUUCGACGCCCUUAAACCAUGGGAAACAAUAGGAUCAUAUGAUGUAAGGAAUUUUGUGUUAUGCAAGAAAGAAAAUGUGAAGACAAACAUGACACAAGGAAGAUCAGAGCUUAUCAAUACCAAGAAGUAUAGAGGAUGGUUUGUUUGGCUUCAAAAGUCUUUUAGUCUCAAGAUUCUUCCUCACUAGAAUAUAUACAUAUAUAUAUAUAUAAUAAUUAGUCACAAGAUAGUUUGAUAAUUAAAAAAAUAUGUUUAUAUAUAUAUACAAUAAUUAAUCAUAUGAUACCAAAGAUAUCUCUAUCUUCAUAUUUCUCAUCAAAACACAAAAAUUGUACUAUAUGUUAUUCAAGAC